GACUGAGUUGCAUCAGGCAGCAGCUGUUGGAGAUGUUGAUCUUGUGGAGGAAAUUAUAAAAAAGAAAUCAUGUGACCCAAAUCACAAAGACACAGACUGGAAUCAGAAGACAGCGCUUCACUGGGCUGCAUCCAAAGGCAGGUCUUCAAACUUCAGACAGAUUUAAGCGUUUAUUCUUAACUGGUGGAUCUCAUCUAAGGCCAAACAGAGGUGGUUAGGAUACUGAUGGAGAAUGGAGCGAGGGCUUGUUUGAGGACAGAUGAUGGAUGGACGCCCGCACACUUUGCAGCAGAGUCUGGAAGACUGGCAGUAUUGCGACUUCUGCAUUCCCUCCACGCCCCCAUAGACAAAGAGGAUUCAUCCGGAGACAAACCUGUCAGGAUUGCUGAAAUCUAUGGACAUGAAGACUGUGUUCAUUUUCUUAAAAAGGCAGAGGUUGAGAGCAGAAACUAUCAUCAGAUGGCAAAGUUAAACGGGCUGACUAUAGAUGACACUGAUGAGGAAUGGCAACAGGAAAGAGAAGCUAAUAAUGCUGAAAAAACAAGCCAAACAGAGGUGGUUAGGAUAUUGAUGGAGAAUGGAGCGAGGGCUUGUUUGAGGACAGAUGAUGGAUGGACGCCCGCACACUUUGCAGCAGAGUCUGGAAGACUGGCAGUAUUGCGACUUCUGCAUUCCCUCCACGCCCCCAUAGACAAAGAGGAUUCAUCUGGAGACAAACCUGUCAGGAUUGCUGAAAUCUAUGGACAUGAAGACUGUGUUCAUUUUCUUAAAAAGGCAGAGGUUGAGAGCAGAAACUAUCAUCAGAUGGCAAAGUUAAACGGGCUGACUAUAGAUGACACUGAUGAGGAAUGGCAACAGGAAAGAGAAGCUAAUAAUGCUGAAAAAACAAGUGUCCUGAGUCAUUUGAUGGCUCUAGAGAGGGGAAGUUUGGCACAGCAGGACCAACAUCAGUCUGAAAGAUUAGAAAUGCUUAAAGUCACAGCUGUGGCCCUCCGUACCAAAAGAGAUGAGCUCAAGCAUCAGGUUCAUGACAUCAAGAUUCUGCAAGAUAAAAUGAAAAACGAUCUUCCUUUGGAUGACGAUUCUGAUGGUUCUGUAGAGGUCCAGAGGUCUUUGUUAAACUCUUGGCGAAUGCAGUUAAAAGACCUUCAGCUUGCCCAUCACUUAAUUGGUGGUUAUGAUCUGGUUGAAUGUAAAGAAGGGAGAAGCGUUUGUGUGAGCUUUCACACAGGAUUUGAGGGUGUGUACUUGGACACGUAUAACAUGGAGUUGGAUGUGAGUCGUACCGUGCACAUCUCUCGCCAUAACAUUCCCCCUUCAAUCCCACUCGAGAGACUCAUCAAACAGAACCUGCAGACAGACCUCAAAGCUUUUCUGCAAACGCUUACCCAGUAUCUCAACGCUUUAGCUGCUCGCAGACAGCAGAUCUCCCUCAUCAAGGAGCUGGUUGGUUCUGUGGAGAUCAUGGAGAGCAAUCAGUUGUGUAACAUUCUAGUACUGAUGUGUAAAGCUCAAGGCGAGACGUGUGUGGCUGUUUUGUGCACGCUGGAGUACAGAGAUCUCACACAUUAUCUCCCAACACACGUCUGCAUUGAGAGUGAAGACAAAACACUGUCAGAAUCUGAGCAGUGGCAGAAUAACCGGAUGCUGUUUCUGGAGUCUCCAGCACACACUGCUCUAUUGACAAUGAAAAGGAUGGAGAGCAUUGUUUAAAUGAACACAUUAAUGGACCUCUAAGAGCUCUUUUAACAGGGAUGCCACAGAUUUGUAUUCUGUUACGUUCAAGUUUACAGUGCAUAGAUGUCAACAUUUUUUUUUU